CAAUCCCAGAAAAUAAAUAAAAACUGUCAGCUAACACGGCUGAAAAGGGAAAGUGCCGCUUCUCUCUGGGUGGCAGAUUGUGCGUUUUACGACGUUCUCUGAAGAGGAAACUUCUCAGUUGCUAACCCCAUGCGUUACAUCAGGGGUUAAAGCCCUCAUGUAACUGAGUACUAGAGGUGGAAAGAAGCUGCCUCUCUCACUCCUCCCUGCGCCAGAGGUUGGAGCAGCUGAGCUCCAGGGUUUCGCACCAACUCCUCAGACCAGCAGCUGCACCGACCGAAGGGGAAUCAGAGGCUCCUAAUUUAUUCCCACCAUGAAGCAGCUCUCUUUCGCGCGUCUGUGCUUCCUCUGCUGCUUCCUGGCUGCAGUCUGCGCCCAGGAUGCCGCUGAGCCCGACGCGCUCCGCAGGGGGCUGACAUGGCAACACAACGGGCAGGUCUUCAGCAUCCUGAGCCGCGGCGCCCAGUACAGGCCCACCACGCGGAGGCAGGCCGGUUCCCCCCGCCGCAGUAACCCGGUGCUGGUUCUCAGCGGCGCCAACGACACGGCCCCGGUCGCUGCGUCCCGGGGGGCCCCGCGGGUCCCCGCCGCCAGCAGCUCCGCGCAGCUGCGCGUAACGGCGCGCCAGCAGGCGCAGCCCCGGGCCGCUGGAGAGGGCACCUCCGCCCCGGGCAACAGGGAGGACGUGAUGGUUGGAGAUGACCCCUACAACCCCUACAAGCAUCACGGCUACGACCCCUACUACAACUACUUUGACUCGUACCACAGACCCAGGCCCCAGGCGCAGCCCCGGCCCGGAUACGGAACCCGCUACCACCAGCACGGUCUUCCGGAUCUGGUUCCUGAUCCAUAUUACAUCCAGCUCGCCUCGUACGUCCAGAGGACACCGAUGUACAACCUGCGCUGUGCCGCUGAGGAGAACUGCCUCACCUCAUCUGCUCAGUACGCUCAGGAUUACGAAACCAGAGUUUUGCUGAGGUUCACUCAGAGGGUGAAGAAUCAGGGAACCGCGGACUUCCUGCCCAGCAGGCCCCGAUACGCCUGGGAGUGGCACAGCUGCCACAAUCACUUUCACAGCAUGGACGAGUUCAGCCUGUAUGAGCUGCUGGACGCGCGGACCCAGAGCCACGUAGCCGAGGGUCACAAGGCCAGCUUCUGCUUGGAGGACACUUCCUGCGACCCGGGAUACUACCGCCGCUACGCCUGCACCUCCCACACCCAGGGUUUGAGUCCCGGAUGCUACGACACCUACAACGCUGACAUCGACUGCCAGUGGAUCGACAUCACCGACGUUCCACCUGGAAAAUACAUCCUGAAGGUGACAGUAAAUCCCAGGCAGCAGGUUCCAGAGUCCAACUUCAACAACAACGUGGCUCGGUGUCAUGUGCAGUACACGGGCAACGCCGCGCACUUCUCUGGAUGCACCCUGGAAGGAUACUGAGAAGAAUCCUAAAAAUGAGCCUGAAGACGAAGUCGGAGGCCGAACCCAACGAAGUUAAAGCUUGAAUCUGUUCACAUGUGACCCAAAAAAAAAGAAUAAUUUCUAACCAAAAACACCAGAGGCAGGGAGGUGAAACAUUUCUACGACAGGAAACCGGUUCUGGUUGUUCUGAGUGAAGUAGCUACCUCACAGCUGGAGUUACUGCCGUCCUGCUUCUGCUUCGGCCCUCGCUGGCUUUUCCUAUCCAUGGCGUUUACUGACUGAAUCUUAUUGUUUAGCAUUUUAAUGGUUGAGGCAGAAAUUAAUGAUAAGAAGGUUCAAGCUUCAUAUUUUAGUCUUAUUUUCAUCUGUGUCAGAAUCCCAGGGAAAUAUGAGCGUCACGUCAGAGUUCAGAGAUAAUUUCUGCUAAUUCUGCUCCUCUCUGUAACACAAAGACAGCCAGAGCUUCCUGCAUGUUCUCUCUUGCUUUUUAUGUACAACCUGUAAAAUACAGCCUGAGAUUUCAGCUUUAAUGUUUAAUUUAAUCAUUUCAUUUGUCCAGCGGGUAUUUCUUUUUACAGGAAAUUAAUUAAAAGUGUGGUCACUCCUUUCUGGUGCUGAGGAAUAGAUCUUUGACUUAUGCUAAAAACAAUGUUUUCCCUCUGUUGUUUUUUUAAUUUCUAUUAAAUACCAGCUGACGUCAGAUAUCAGUGGAUGUGUGUUUGCGAGAUAAUUUCACUGUCGUCCUCCGUCGCUGCUUCAAUAAAGUUUGCUUAAAUGUGA